AUGGCUCAGGCCGGCGUUAUACCGUCCGAGCCAUCGCAACCACUUCACACACCAACUGCAUUUUCCGGUCCGCAAGGGUUCUUUCGCAAGCUUUUUGGCAGACAGAGUGGGAGCAAUGCUCGGUCAAAACCUGUAGAGCAACCCAAAGACAUUCAGCAUGAAAACAAUUCGACUGACAUCGACAAGGACGGGUUGAUGCGUCGAAUGACUCGCAGGGUUGUACCAGGAUUGCCUCGAGCACAAACAUUCAAGCGACAAAUAUCAGAGAGGAGGACUAAUCUAUCGCCGAUCGAACCAACACCAGAUGAAAGGCGAGCUGCGUCUAUGCGAGCCGUGUCUAUGGAGCGGUCUAAUAGACCAGGUAGUCCAUCCGCCUCGCACCCUGCAAUCAACCCCCGUGUUAGCGCCCCAAGUUUUCUUCAAACUCCCCAGGACGAUGUUCCACGAUUUGUUCCUUCAAUAUCCGUCGAUGCUGUUGCAGAUGUGCCUUCCCAAAACUCUACCCAAGAGAACUUGCACCGAGAUGACGAAGAUACACUUGCCGAUGAGUGCCCAGUCCAAGACAAUCUCUCCACUGCAGACACCCAUUCGAUAUCAGCAUCUCAGUAUGAAGCUAUGAUACACGAAGAACUCGAAAAGACUUGGAUUUUGAACCUUAGCAUGCACUUCCGUGAUCGAUCAAGAAGGGAGAAGUUCUUUGUCACCUAUCGUGAGCGAGAUCACCUUUGGCGACGAGUAACAAUCUCUCUGGAUUAUCGAGAUGCGCCUCCCAAUUCCUUGGAAAUGGACUUGAUUCACACACAUUAUCAACGAGAAAAGAGUGCAAAGAUCUACGAGGCUAUUCGGGAAAGCUUGCGAGACAUCCAAUUCUAUGACACUGUUACAAACCUAAAGCUUCAAACUACUGACGGGAGGCUUCAUGUCCAUGUGGUCGAAGACGGAAAUGAAAUCAUCCAGUACCCAACCGUUUCUCAGAUCAAACACCUAGGAUGCCGUCGAAUUCGAGAGAGGGAUAUUGUUUUCGAAUCUCACAUGUCAGGAUUUGUCUACAAAGUCAAUGUCAAUGGCCACACACUCAUUAAAAAGGAAAUCCCGAGCCCUGAUACCACCGACGAAUUCCUUUACGAGGUCAACGCGCUCAACGCACUACGAUUUUCACGCAAUGUCAUCCACUUCUACGGCGUCGUAGUGGAUGAUCAUGAUGAACACGUGAAGGGCCUCCUUAUCAACUACGCAGACCAAGGAGCUCUAAUCGAUGUGAUAUACGAGCAUUGCAAAGAUGGUGAUUACAAUCUUCCAUGGUCAACAAGGGAGAGAUGGGCGCGACAAAUCGUUGAGGGGUUGUCAGACAUCCAUGAAUCUGGAUUUGUUCAGGGUGACUUUACCUUGUCGAAUAUUGUGAUAGAUGGAUAUGGGGAUGCCAAAAUCAUCGACAUCAACCGAAGAGGAUGCCCAGUAGGAUGGGAGCCUCCGGAAGCAACACCACUCAUCGAGAGCAACCAACGAAUUACCAUGUAUAUUGGUGUCAAAUCCGAUCUUUACCAGUUGGGCAUGGUCUUAUGGGCUUUGGCGGCACAGGAGGACGAACCGGAAGCACAGGGACGACCAUUGAUACUCGGUCCUGAAGUAAACAUCCCGGACUGGUAUCGACAAAUGGCUGAAGUCUGUCUGAGUGACGACCCACGCAUGCGGCUCCAGGCAGCUGCGUUGUUGGAAAUGUUUCCCCAACCAGGCGAAAGCGAAGGCCGUGGACAACUCAACCCUCCUGAAUCAAUGGUCGACGAAGGCUACACUUUACAACAGUACCUGGGUGACGGAUACCAUCCAGCCAACCUUCCACAGAUCACAACAAUUGAGCCAUCCAGAGACUGGUCAUAUGCAAACCAGUCACGCCCAGGCACAAGUCCCGACAGGCAGGAACCGUACCGCUAUACGCGUGGGCGCUCUCCCCCUAGUCCUUUGCCAAGCAAUUGUGAAGACUACGAUUCACCUCGAGGAUUAUAUGAUGUUGCUGCGUGGGCGGCAAACAGGAAUAUUCCUUCGUCCUACAGUGAUGUAGGACCUGACGGAACGCCACUUGAUGAAACGCCCAUUGCGAACAGGGUUGGACUCUUUGACUCGGAUGCACUUACGGCGCCUGAUUCGACCAUGGAGAAAAGAGAGACGCCAGCCACCUCGACAACAACACCCAGUCCGACUCGAGGCGCCGAUGUGGCAGAUAAUCUGCAUGGCAAAGUGAAUCAGAAAGCUGAUGAGGUACCUCUGGCUCGGGAACUGGAGCUGAGCAUGGGUGGCGACAAAGGAAACGUGAAGGCCCCGUUUCAAGAGUCGACAACGAGUGUGACAAAGACAGGAAACACCAGCCCAGGAGACAGCGAGACGGUGGUAAGGGUCCAGGCCCAAGACAAGAAGAAGGAGACAACGGCAAGAGAAGCCGUACAAAAACAUACAAAUGUUGUUCCACCAGAAAAAAGAACAGGACUUGUUGAAGGCGAAGAAGUCAAAGUGGCGCGAGCCUCGGACAAGAAACCCCAAAAGAGCUUGGAAGAUCCAGCCAAGAACGACGACAGACAAAAGGAAACCCAACUGCCCCGAGAAGGGAACAGACCAGAGAAUUAUCAGGUGGCGUCUGUAGACGAGAAAGACGUCUCUGACAAGAAAGCAGAAACAAAGGCGCAACAAACCACAGAAAAAAGGCAAGGGUCCACAGCACCUGCUGCCAACCAAACCACAACUGAUUGUACCAAGACGAAAGAGCUGAAUGUCGGAAAAACAGGCAGGACUCCGAAAGGAGAGUUGACUGAUAACCGCGUUAAAGGCGUUGGAUUCUCGAAAAAAGCUGAGGAUCCAAGUCCGUCGAUUGACGAUAAGCCGAGUCAAGAAAAGCACACAAAUCACGACAAGUCCACAGGAGUGAAACCUCCACGCGGACUAUAA